AUGAGUGAUUUAAUCCCUGAAACUGAAUAUAGGAUUCCAAAAAUAAACUCAUACCUUCUCGAAAUCAGAGAACCAAACAAAAAUGUUUUAUUAAAUAGAACCAUCUAAUCCAAAUCAUAACAUAAAAAGCAACAACUUAAUGCAACAUCAUCUAAUCACUCUCUUCCAUACACUGGCACUGCUUUAUAGUCUUCUAUUGGAUAAGGUAAUCAAUCAAAGGAUAAUGUAUCAAUCUAACGGACUAGUUAAUUGAAUAAAAUAACUGAAUAAAAAGAUAUUUAGAACGAUAUGAUCAACAUUAAUUAGUUUAUUCAUUAAAAAAAGAAAGAACAAUUAGUUCAAAAUUAAUAUUUUCUCAAAGAAAUCAAACAUUGCAAAAUGAAGGCAAACAUUAAGAAUAAAUUAGAAAAUGAAAGAAAAUCUACUACUUCAUCAUAGGAUAAGUACGAGAAGUGCUGGGAUGAAACUUUAAAGGAAAUGAAUGAAGAUCCUAAAACUUGUGAUGUGAUUGGCGAUUCAUCUAGCAGAAAUAAUGAAGAAUAAUUUAAAAGGAUUAAGAAACCAAAACGUUUAAAGAGUCAAAUAUUUUCUAAAAUUAGAGAAGCAGAGGAUCAGUAUUUUAAGGCUCAGUCUAAAUCUAUUAUCAAAUUGAUGAAAUAGAGAUCUUUGCAGAUUGUAGAUGAAGUUACUGCUCAAAUAGAAUAAGAAUAACUAUUAAAAAAAGAAUAAUAAUAUUAAAGAUCCAAAGAAAGAGAAGAGGGAAAAUAAGAAAUUAUCAAAUCCUUGAGUGGCAAAGAAUAAGGCAAGUUACUUAAAUUACUCUAAAAUAAGUAACCCAAUCUUCAAAUCCAACCAUCUAAAUAAAUCAAUGAUGUUUCCAAUUCAUUUUCUAAAUACAACAAGCACAGAUCUAAAAGCUUUAAUUCUGCUCUUCCCAUUUUAUAAGAUAAAGGAUAACUUUAAGUUCAAAAUUAGAUAUAAAAUCGGAAACCCUUAUUAUUUAAUAAAUAAAAUCUAAUUGAAAAUUAGGAUUUUUCUAGACUACUUUGA